CCUGGUGUCUCUUUCGUCGUGCAUGCUUUGUCCGUAAGCCUUUUCUUUCCCAGUCUCAUAGCCAGCGACCUCGUCGGAAUCCCCAUCGGAUCUCGCUGGAAGUCCUGGAUUUUUCUCCCCUCCGAACAUUCGAUCCGAUUGAGCGUUCGAAUCUCCGCCUCAAUUUGCUUUAUUUUCUCAGUUUCUCUCUCAGCGUCCCUGUUUUCUUGGUCUGAGUAUUUCCGCUCACUCAAUUACUUGAAGCCUCUACAAUCCAUUCAAUUGAGGCUACUGCCUAUUGAGUCAAUUCUUUCUCCCACCCACGGUCCCACGCCCUUACGCCCUGGCCCCCUCAUCUUUUCAUUUUUUUUUUUUUAAAAAAAAAAAAAAAGGAAAAAACUGAUCGGUGGUUCUCCUUAUUUCUUGUCCUUAUCUUUUAUAUCUCUCUUCAACCUCACGCCUCCCCUCCCUCUGGCUGUGCUUCAAUUCUCUCAUGAAUUUUCGUUGUCUAUUUGUCUUCAAACCAUCUCAAAGAAAUCACAUAAUCAAACACAGAUUACACAGUAAAUAUUCAGAUUUUUCUUUUAGAAAAGCUCAAAUUUCAAAGAAAAAUCAUAUUAAAGAUUUAGAGCAUGCAGAAAAAUAAGAGCAAAUAACUCAUGGUAGUGAUAAGUGUUUACUGGUGCUGGUGGUGCUUAAGCCAGUGGACAGACGGUGGAUGCACAGCCAGAUCUCAGUCUCUCAGGCUCAGUUCUCUUACCUCUCGAUUUUCAGGAAUCUAAACUCAUACUUAUAAUGUCGUUCUAAUUGUAAUUCGGUGGUCGUGCAUUAGGACGUACGUUGUAUCGUUUAUAAGCUUUAGUUAUGAGUUACCGUGGGCAUCAUCUGCAUGCGCAAGACAACUUGAUGAGGGAUCAAGAUAUCGAGGGACAAGUUUCCAAUAGUACUGAUGGAGACGAUUCAGGACGAAAGAGAACAAGAAUAAAAACACUUCUUGACCCACAGGGGCGGCUGCUUCAAAUGUGGAAUAUCAUGUUUGCAGUGUCGUGUGUGAUUGCAGUAUCGAUGGACCCUUUGUUCUUUUACCUUCCUAUCGUCAAUAGAGAUAAAAAGUGCGUGUGGUUAGAUAAAAGAUUGAAGAUCAUAGCUUAUAGUUUACGAUCUGUCACGGAUUUGAUUUAUCUGUCGAAUAUAAUUCUGCAAUUUAUUUGUCCUUACAUUGACGAGGUCUCUCUUAAGCUUGGACGAACUAUGGUAGUUAAUGAUCCUCGACAAAUAGCAAAACGCUACUUCUUCUCGCGGUACUUUGUAAUUGACGUUCUCGCUAUUCUUCCCCUCCCACAGGUUUUAUUUCCAAUUAUUUUUUCAGAAAUGAGAUAUUCAAAAAAAUUCGACAAAAGGAAGUCGCUGAACGGUGUUUUUUUCUUCCAAUACAUACCAAGAGUUCUCCGAAUCUACAUAUCAUGGAUGAAUCUUACCAGGACUGCCAGCAAACUUACUAGAAUUGUUUGGGUUAAAGCUGCAUUCAAUUUCUUUCUCUAUAUCUUUUCCAGCCAUGUACUGGGUGCCUUUUGGUACUUUCUUUCGAUCCAAAGAGAGACGGCUUGCUGGCACACAGCCUGUAAAAAUCAUACUAGAUGUACUUCAACUUCUUUUAACUGCAACCACCCUUUAAGCGAUCUCGCAUUUUUGAAUGAUUAUUGCCAGCCAAUAGAAAAACCAAACGCAACGUUCUUUGAUUUUGGGAUAUUUCUUGGAGCCCUUCAAUCCGGUAAUUUGGAGUCCACUGAUUUUCCACAAAAGCUCGCCUACUGUUUCUGGUGGGGCCUACGAAAUUUGAGUUCUUUUGGUCAAAACCUUCAAACGAGUUCAUAUUUCUGGGAAAACUUCUUCUCAAUUUCUGUUUCAAUCCUUGCCUUGCUACUCUUCUUGUAUUUCAUCGGAAAUGUGCAGACGUAUAGACAGUUAGCAACUGAAAGGUCAGAAGAAAUUAUACAAAAUAUGAAAGUUAAAGAACGAGAAAUAGAUCUAUGGAUAGAUAGAAAUAAGCUCCCUAGUAGUAUGAAAAAGGAGAUCAUGCCUAACGUUCAACGCAUGCUGGAAGAAAAGAAAGAUAUUGAUGUACAUACUCUCUUGUCUCAUCUUCCUUGUGAACUUGGAAGGAAGAUUAAGCGCUAUAUCUGCUUGCCAAUGCUAAACAAGGUGCCACAGCUUCAAGGAGAAAGUGACCAAGUGUUACAAUUGAUCUGCGACAAUCUGAAGCCAGUGAAAUACGACCAGCACAGCUACAUUGUCCGGGAGGGAGAACCACUUGAUGCGAUGCUCUUCAUAACGCAAGGCAUCAUAUGGAACUUCACGACCAAUAAUGGUGAGAGAAGCACUAAGUGUAUUGAGAAAGGUAAUUUCUAUGGAGAAGAACUUCUAGAAUGGGGGUUGGAUUGCGCCGCCUUACCCAACUUAUCUAACCUCCCAAUCUCUCUCAAAACUGCGAAAACCCAUACAAAGGUUGAAGCCUUUGCUCUAAUGGCCAACGACUUGAGGACUAUAGUUUCCAGGCGUAUUGGAGCAGUUUCCGCUGUAAAAGCAGCUUUCCGGCGCUUUAAUGAAAAGUCUCUCCAGUUGGUUGAUCAGGGGAAGAAGAAAAUUGAAAUGUCUUCUGAGUUAAGAGUAGCAGAUCAUAACAAGCCACAUGUCUCGGGCAACUUAUUUCACUCCUAUUGAAACUCUAAAAGCUCCCAAGUCCUUUGUUUCAGACACUGUCGAUAUUGCUACCGACCAGGAAGAUAAGCAUCGAUGAGCUUCAACUGCUGAUAUCUGAUAAUGGAAGAGAUAGAAGAGAUAUUCAAACUCGCAUUGAUAAAAGAUUAGUCCCAGCUGUUGGCCAGAUAACGACUCUUUCUUUUACUGAUUUGUAUAUGCUGUAUUAUAUAUCUUUAUUUAAUUGUAUUUAUUCAUUUGUUUCAGUUCUAUUCAGUGUAACUGCGCAAAUACUUGAAGUUAUCUUUGUAUAUUUUUACUGUCUAGCUAUAAAUGAAAUACAGCACAA